UCAGGGACCGCACUGCUGCAGCUGAAUGAAACUGAUCGAGCUAUGAUUCUCUCCCUGGCCGCGGCAGCAGCCAUGAGCAGCGGCAGCGGCAGCAGCCUCAACUCCUCCUCCUCCUCCCUCGACCCCUUCGACUCCUCCACCUCCUGGAGCCUAGCCGAGGACCCCUCCAACUCCUCCUCUGAACCUGUCGUGCGAACUCUGACCCCUGACCUCCAGCCAGCCACCACCGCCGUCGCUGUCCAGGAAGUCAGCCCCUGGGAUAUCGCGCUCUGCGUGACCGGGACGCUCAUCUCCUGCGAGAACGCGCUGGUGAUCGCCGUGCUGUUCUACACGCCGACGCUCCGGGCUCCGAUGUUCAUCUUGAUUGGAUCGCUGGCGGUGGCGGAUCUUCUGGCCGGCCUGGGCCUCAUCUUGAACUUUGUCUUCACCUAUCUGGUUGACAGCUCGGUGGAGUUUGUGACGCUGCUGUCAGUGGGACUGCUCAUCUCGGCCUUCUCGGCGUCUGUCCUCAACAUUCUUGCCAUCACAGUGGACCGAUACCUGUCGCUGUACAACGCCCUGACCUACCACACUGAACGGACCGUCACCUUCACCUAUGUGAUGGUGGUUUUCAUCUGGGUGUCGUGCCUCACACUCGGCCUGCUUCCGGCGCUCGGCUGGAACUGCUUGAAAGACGAAUCCACGUGCAGCAUCUGCCGGCCCGUCACCAAGAACAACGCAGUGGCGCUCGCCGUCACCUUCCUCCUGGUCUUCGCCCUGAUGAUGCAGCUCUACCUUCAAAUUUGCAAGAUUGCCUUCCGUCAUGCACAACAGAUCGCAGUGCAGCACCAGUUUGUGGCCAUCUCCACCACCAAAGGUGUCUCCACACUGUCGGCCAUCCUGUGUGCCUUCGGGGCGUGCUGGUUGCCGUUUGCCAUGUACUCCAUCGUGGCUGACUCCAGUUACCCAGUAAUAUACACCUACGCCACAGUCCUCCCGGCCACCUGCUGCUCUGUGAUCAACCCCAUCAUUUACGCGUUUCGAAACCCGGACAUCCAGAAGUCGCUGUGGAUGGCCUGUUGCGGGUGUGUCCCGUCCAACCUCUCCCUCAGACCCAGGACCUCCAGCGAUGUGUAG